UUGAAGAAAUGGUGGCCGUGGUUUCGCAUAAUUCUGACAAUGAGCCUCAAUUCUUAUAUUCUUUUGAUGAAAAUAUUAAUGGAUCAUCUACUGGUUGUUGCAAGGAGGAAUGCGCAAGAGACUUCAAUUUAUCCUCAUUUAAUUUUUCUUGGAAUUUACUCGAAGGCUGUGGAGAUAUAAUGGUUUGGAAUCGUUACGAACGCCGUCAUUCCACUUGGCGCAACAACGAAGUUUUUCGUUUAAAUGUUGGAGGCAAAUCCUUUUGUUUUCGUCCGGAUACUGUGCUGGAUCAUAGAGAACCCAAUUCUUUACUGGCUCGCUUAGUCCGGUUGGAGCAUCAUCAACGCCUUAUGCUUACUGACGGAUUUCAACAUGGAGAAUAUUAUUUGGAAAGAAACUCAAAAGUUGCUGAACAUCUUCACAAACCUCCCGAAAUUUGCCCUCAACGAUUCAGUGAAGAAUUGCUGUUUUGGAGGUUAACGAGAGUUGAGUUGGCCCCUUGCUGUUCUGUUUUGACGGAUACUCAACAAAAAUUGAAACGUACAUUGGACACUGAAAGGCAACUUGAUCAGGUUAAUUGUUGUCGUGGUCUUCGCAAGGUUAUUUGGCAUUUACUUGAAAGCCCUUCCUCUUCCCUUUUCUCAAAAUUAUUUACCUUGCUAUCAGUGAUUUUUAUAGUAGCUUCUGUUGUUGGGCUUGUACUUGGUUCAAUGCCUGAAUUUCAGGCGGAUUCUCGUUUUGCUGAUUCUUACCAUGCUUUGUUGGGAGCAAGGAAAGGCUACAGUUCUAGUAAUUUAAAUGAAAAUAAUUUGACUACUACAACAAUGCCAGCAACAUUAAAAACGAGAAAAAUGAAGUUUUUUUUGGGUAAAGAAAAAUUUAAAGAGAAUAAAAAUGUGAGUAAUUUUGUGGAGAGAGCAACAACAAAAAAGCCGAGUAGGAAGGAAUCUCCUCCACCAUCGCCACAAGUCUUCAUUUAUCGUCCAACAGAUAAUCCACAACGAUGGUUGGUUAUUCUUGAAAAUUGUUGUAUUGCUUGGUUUACAAUGGACUUUCUUUUACGUUUGUUGGUGGCUCCUCGUCGAUGGCUAUUUCUUCGACAACCUUUGAAUUUAAUUGAUUUAUUUACCGUGUUACCAUUUUAUUGUGAACUGGCACUUUCACAAAUGGGUGUUUCCAAUACUGAAGGUUUAAAAGAUUUUGCAGCAAUGCUUGUUAUGCGUGUUUUACGAGUUCUAAGAAUGGCAAGAGUAUUUAAAUUGGCUAGAUAUUCUACUGGACUUCAAGUGUUUGGUGCAACUUUGAGAACUUCAUUGAGGGAACUUUGUAUGUUGUCAAUGUUUUUGCUUUGUGGAACAAUUUUCUUUUCGACGCUAAUGUAUUAUGCAGAAAAAGAUGAACCUGGGUCUGAUUUUAAAAGUAUCCCAGCUGCUUGUUGGUGGUGUAUUAUAACAGUAACAACUGUUGGUUAUGGUGAUUGUCAAAUAUUGAGUUGGGUUGGAAAAUUAAUUGCUGGUUUAUCUUCAGUUUUUGGAAUUAUAAUUCUUGCUUUCCCUAUUUCUAUGGUGGUGGAGAAUUUUGCUGUGGCGCAACAAAAAUUAAAAUUGGAAAAUCAAUUAAAGGAAGUCCAAAUGUCUCAAGUAGCAAAUGAUUAUUUAAUGCGUCGUUAUCCUUCACGUCGUAAAGCAUGUCGUGAUCCUUUAGAUGGAAGUUUACAUAGACAUCAACAACAACAACCACAAAAUAUUAAUCAAAAAAUUCCUUCAUCACCACCAUUAACCGAUUUAUCUUCAAAUGUUUUAAAUGCUCCAUAUUCAGCAUUAAGUGAAAAUUUUGUUUUGGCAACAAAUUGA